AAAAUGUAUCAAACUCGGAGUAAAAAAUCCAAAAUCGAGAAGAUAAACAACGGAAUUAGUAAUGGGGCGUGUAAAGAAAAAGAUUUGGAAAAAAAAGUUGUCACGAUUCGGUGUACAUCAUAAGUCUUUUUACGUUACAUAUCCAAAGAUAUUUAAUGGUCAAUAGGAGUUAUUUUAGUCAGUGUUCCACAAUGAUCUGCCGAUAUUGUACUCAGCCGUGUGAGUCAACGUUUGGAUUGAGAGCUUGGUAUACAGUCACACUCGCUGGCGGUGUACUUUUUAAUGUACCUGUACAAACGGACGCUAUAGCCGUUAGGCUCUCUGGCUGGCUCGAGCGCGUCUUCAUGCGACUUGAUCAGUUUGGCUUUUGGCUCAGUAGGCAGCAGAACGCACAUCGAGUAACAAGCAGUGGUAGUAGCAGCAGCAGCAACAUUAUGGCCGAUAUCUCCAAGGACGAGCUUCGUAAAGAAAUCACCGCGAUCCUGAAGGAUGCUGAUUUGACAACAAUGUCAGCCAAAAAAGUUCGUCAACAAAUUGAGGAAAAACUCGAUAUUGAUCUUUCCGAAAGGAAAAAGGAAGUGGAUGAUCUUGUAAUGGACCAUCUCCACGAAAAACAGGAUGCUGGAAAAAAAAAGAAGAAGGCUGCCAGUGAAGAGUCUGAGGAUGGAGAAGAGGAGGAGGAAGAAGGAUCAGAGGAAGAAGAAGAGGAGGAGGAGAAGAAACCAGCAAAACGAGGCCCACCAAAAAAAACAGCUGCCAAACGUAAGAAGACUUCAUCAGAUGAUGAGGACAGUGCUAGCGAUGACGAUGCAAGUGAUGAGGAGUACAGUCCAAAAAAAAUAGCAAAGGUCUCAGCAAAGAAAGGCAAACCAGGCAAGAAAGGCAAGAAGAAGGGCAGUGACAGUGACAGUGAUGAAGACUGGGGAAAGUCGAAAAAAGCUACUGGUGGAGCAAAAAAAGGAGGUGGUAAGGGCAAAGGUGGCUAUACCCGAGCCAUUACUUUAUCACCUGAGCUUGCUGCAGUGGUCGGUGCUGACCAGAUGGCUCGACAUGAAGUAGUUAAGAAAGUGUGGAGUAUCAUCAAGGAGAGAAAUCUCUACGACCCUAAAAAUAAACAGUUCGCCAUCUGUGAUGAGGAGCUCAUGAAGGUUAUUGGAGUAAAGCGUUUCAGAACCUUUGGUAUGAUGAAAUAUCUCAAAAAUCACUUUGUAGAAUCCUUCUAUCCAAUUAUGGAGCUGAUACAUGAGAAUGGCUCACUCAUUGCCAUUGUUCAUAUUUUCGAUAUCCUCUUGGACUUGAAAAAGAUGAAUAUAUUCAGGAUGUCGGCAGUAAUGAAAUUGGGAAGGAAAAUAGAAAGCUAUUACCUAUUGGGAUCAUCGCCAAAUUUCUUUGCUGCAUCAUUCGAACUGAAAGCAAAGUGCUUGCCUCGCCACAUAACUAUACCAAUAUUGGGAUUACCUGGUAUCAAUGCACCAAAACCUGCUAUGAAACUCCAGGCGCAGAAUCCUAAAAACUUGAUUAAUCUUUUGUUUUUAAUCAAAUUUCCAUCUUCCAUCGCCCACUUGGGCUAUUUAACUCGUAGAAUAAGCAAUGAAAAAUCACUAUACGUACUUAUUAAUUUUCCCAUGGACCUUUCCAAUCUCUCUGCAUCAGAUGGAAUGUUUGUGCUUCUCACUAAACCAGAUGUCUGCCAACGACAAAUUGUAUUAGCUGAUGGUGAUUUCGGUGAUGAUGAUAAUAUUUGGGGCACUGAAAAAUUUCAAUGGUGUGAUUAUAAUAAUGAUAAUAAUAAUUUAAUAAAUAAAGUAUUGUUUAAAAAGUACUUGCAGUCAUCAAUGCCUGCUCCACCUCUACACUCUGAAGAGCAACAAAUGUUUCCCCAACCAUCUAAUAUCGAGCGUUUACCUCUCGUUCCCGAAUGCUUCAUAAAGUACAAUUGUAUCUUGAGUGUAAUUAAACUCGGACGAUUCUGUGACACUAUUUUUUCUGUUACAAUUCUAAUAAUUUUAUUUGCACUUUUUGCACUACUACUCUGCUUCGUUAUUGUAUACUCAGGGUGGAAUUUGUGCAAAUCUAUCUGCAUGAGAAAAUUUCACUUGAUAAUAAUUACCAUGGAGAGAUGCAAAUUAAAGACAGAUUGGCGUGCAGCCUACAUUAUGUAUCAUAUUUAUAAUGUGCCCUUGGACCUUGGGUUUAUACAUGACGUCAUGAUAUUUACAUUUAUAUGGCGGUGUGAGAAGCAUCGAGGGGAGCACUAUGCUCUGCCUGUACGAGAGGAGUGGCUGGUUAGUAGUGGUAGUGUGGUAGCAGGCUGUAUCGUCGACUGUGAUUAUUUGUUCCGUUUGUGUCCCAUUAGCAGACACUACAGAUUAAAACAUUUUAAUGCAGAGCAGUACGAUAAGCAAACUUUUUGUGGUAGAAAUAUAUUUUUGCGAAGACACAAACAAACCAAGAAAAUGGCUAGUGAUAUAUGGCGUAAAUAUGGGGUCAAACGAGUGUAUAAACGACAAUGCCAGUGCACUGAACUCAUGCAGUUGUUCCAGCCAAUUGUAUUUACUUGGUGGCUUUCAACUAUUUUACUUUCUGCUAAUGCGGCCUCUCAAGUUCGAAUUGAUUCUGGUCCAUCACCAGAUUUCAGCACCCACAGUCCAGUGCGUUUACAAGUAUUUCAUGCCCGAAGUAAACGUGAAAUUAUUGAGACAAAAAUCAAUAAAUUUGAUCAUGCAGAUGUCCUUACUAUUGGUUUAAAAAUUGAUGGAAUUCAACGCACCCUCGAUCUUUGGCUUAACACAGAUUUAAUUCCCGCCGGAUAUAAACAAAGAAGACAAUAUAAUGGCAAUUAUACGACUGAGAUACCUCAUAGAGUUGAACUAUGUCACUAUCAAGGAGUUAUCCGUAAUAUGAAAAAUUCUUGGCUAGCAGUUUCAACAUGUCGAGGACUACGUGGUGUCAUUUAUGAUGGGAAAAAUAUGCAUUACAUUCAUCCAAAUGACGAGUCUCUCGAUAGUAUUCAUUAUCUGUAUAAAGAUAGUCAUUUAAUAUCGAAUACAAGUUGUGGUUAUAAAGGAAGCACAUCCUCCUACUCCCUAUCAUCGCUGCACAACACAAUAAUAUCUGGUGACAGUGAAAAAUGGCGAAGAACGAAGGGAAGGAGUAAAAGGGCUGCUGAUGAAGUAAUUCGUGGGCCAUAUAAUGCAAAUCGCCAAUCACGUUAUGUUGAGCUAGUUUUGGUGAUCGAUAAAACCGAAUACAUUGCACUGGGUGAAAACCUUCACAAAGUUCAUCAUCACUGCAAAGAUAUAGCGAAUAUAAUAAAUGCACUCUACACCCCGUUGAAUAUAUUUGUCGCCUUAGUGGGGGUUGAAGUUUGGACUGACAGUGAUGCAAUAACACUGUCUUCUAAGGGUGACACAACACUCGGGAAUUUUUUGCGAUAUCGAAGGGAAAAGCUGGUGAAGGAAAUACCAAAUGAUAAUGCUCAAUUGCUGACGCGUAUUCAUUUUGAAGAUGGAGUCGUAGGAAAAGCCUUGAAAGGCCCGAUUUGUACGUAUGAAUUUUCUGGUGGGGUUUCAAUGGAUCAUUCUACGGUUAUCGGACUGGUAGCGGCAACAGUAGCACACGAGAUGGGCCAUAAUUUUGGUAUGGAGCAUGAUUCAGCUGAUUGUACUUGUCCAGAGGAUCGUUGUAUAAUGGCAUCAUCGAGUGGAUCGACUGGACCAAUUCACUGGUCCUCAUGUUCGCUGGAGUACUUAGCAUUGGCUUUUGAACAUGGAAUGGAUUAUUGUCUUCGUAAUAAGCCGAAAAAACUCUUUGACAGUCCAAUAUGUGGCAAUGGUUUUGUUGAAUCUGGGGAGCAAUGUGACUGCGGUCUUAAAGAUAAUUGUGACAAUCCAUGUUGUAAUUCAUUAACAUGUAUGCUCCAUCCAAAUGCAAGUUGUGCAACUGGUGAGUGCUGUGAUUUAAAAACAUGUAAACCAAAAAAUGCCGGAACACAGUGUAGAUCGGCUGAACAUGAGUGCGAUUUGCCCGAGUAUUGUACAGGACAGAGUGAAUAUUGUCCAAAUGAUGUAUAUAAAAUUGAUGGUGAAGCGUGUAAUAUGGGUAAAGCCUUUUGCUAUCAAGGUUCGUGCAGAACACAUAAUGAUCAAUGCAAACUUCUCUGGGGUCCAAGUGGCCUUUCAUCUGCUGCACCUUGUUACGAAAUGAAUAACAGGGGCUCAAAACAUGGCAAUUGUGGAUAUAAUCGGCUCGAUUCAAGUUACAUUAAGUGUGAUAAUGAAAAUAUAUUGUGCGGAAUGUUGCAUUGUCAACAUUUGAAUGAGCGACUUGAAUUUGGUAUGGAAUCAGUGGCAAUUCUGAGCCAUUCUUUUUUAAAUCAUGGAGUUAAAAUGAUAGCAUGCAGGACUGCUAUUGUUGAUCUUGGAUUGAAUGAAGUUGAUCCAGGUUUAGCCCCCGAUGGGGCUAAAUGUGCACCUGGGAAAAUGUGUGUAAAUCAAAAGUGCAUGCCCAUCGCUAAUCUCAGAGCAACAAUUAAUGGAGGUUCCUCUUGUGUAAAAGAUUGUGGUGGUAAUGGGGUAUGCAAUAGCCUUGGUCACUGCCAUUGCAACAAAGGCUUUCGUCCACCCGAUUGUCUUCAACCAGGUUUCGGUGGCUCUGACGACAGUGGUCCAGCAGAAGAUCCUAACGCUCGAAAUGAUUUUGUUACUGCUCUAUAUAUUAUCUUCUUGGGGAUUGUACCAACGGCUGCUCUCAUUUCUCUGGCUAUCUGGUACAAACGAAAUAAUUUCACCGGCUCCACUUGGAAAAAGGAUUCAUCAAUAUCAACACAUGAACGAGGGUUCACCAUUAGAACAAUUGAUCGUCCAGUUAUUGAAACAAUAGACGCCAAGUUAAAUGAGGAUCCAGCAUGCACAAGUCUUUUGCCGAAAACUGAGAAUGAUGAACGAUUCAACAAUAACAUGUUUGGACAAUUUAAGGGCUUUACACUGACUCCUUUGCCAGCUGUUGUUAAUAUGACAGAAGGAUCAGCAACAAUUUCAUCGGUUUUUCAUCCAAUGGAUAUGAAAAUUAGUAAAAAAAAAUCAUCGCUCGACAGAGAUAGUAAUAAUCCUCAAUGUGCCUUGAUGUUGCAGCCCCUGGGCUCAGCUAAUAAUUUUCAAAAAAAUUCAGAGUCAGAGAAUGGAGAACUAGUGGAAGAGCCACCGGCACUGCCGCCAUUAAAUCCUGGAUGCACAGCGAAACCUCUAAUCAGUAGCCCGAUAUUGGCAGCUACAACUUGUACAUCAUUAGAGCUUGUUCAAAACAAAAUACCAUCACGACCAGCUCCUGAAAUACCGGUAGCAAGAGCAACUUCAGAAGAUGUAAAAAUUAUUACUCGGUACAACACCACUGCUAAUUCACUACCAAUUUCACUCAAUGUUGUCACUGAUCGUAUACAAAGAAAGUUAGAAAAAGACAAGGAGCGAGAGAGAGAGAAAGUGACAACAUUAACACGGAUUGCAUCCAUAUUAAAACCUGGAAACAGCCUCAGAGUUCAUGAAAAUUCGUCUGCAAAGUCAUCUGAAUCAAAUACUUUGCCUCAUAAUCACCAUCACAAAGCUAAUAAAAUCGUUGAUAAAGAAAUAUUACGCAAUCUUGAAAUAUCAAAUCCAAUUCUUCAGAAUGAAAUUAAAAUCACAGCGCCAGUUAUAUCGCUUGUUUCAUCCCCGUCGCCAGAGUCGUCGUCGAUAAAUGUUAAUGAUAACAGCGAUGAAAAGAAAAACACUGUGACCAGAGCUCAGUCGAUGAAGCAUUCAAAUGUAAUGUCAAGGCCAAUAAUACACACUUUUGGCUCAAUGCGUAAUCAAAAUUCGAAAAAGUUAAAUAAAAGACCAACAAGUAUUGCAGUUAGUACAAGGCCAACAUUGCCACCACCCCCAGUGCCACCAAUUGCCCUGUCAUCAAGUACAUCAACUUUUUUGAGUGAUGAUAAAAUUUUGAAAAUUCCAGGGUUACCAGGCUAUCAAAAUCCUCCAGUCAUUAACAUAGACAAAAAAAAACAAUUUUCUCCGGACAGCGCCUAUGACGACUGUAUGAAUUUAAUACACGAGUCAUCACUAAAUGGAAUUACCGAAGCAUCGUCAUUGAAUGACAAUAUUUAUGCUGUUAUCGAAGAACCCCAUGGAAUAACAAAAACAAAUGAUCAUACCGAUGAUGGUAAAAUCGAUAAUGAAUAUAAGGUUCCAUGUAAUUCAAAAAUUGUUGAGACUGAUGGUAAAAGCAUUGAAAAGUGCAGCAGUUUAGCAGGAGAAAGUGAAACUACAAUGGGUUUAUUAUCGGAAAUUGUAUCAGAAAUAUCAAAUAGAAAUUUUGAUUCAAUAUAUUCUGCAUCGUCCUCUAGAUUAGUAGAGCAAAAACAAGGGAAGGAUGAAGACGAGGAGACUAAAAGAAAAUCAGGAUCCAGCAGUUCGAUUGUAACUUAUACCAAUGCUAAUGACCACAAAGCAUCGUCAGCGAGUAUAUAUUCCAAUUCGAUAUCAAGUAAAUUUAAUUCAGCUGCCUCCGAAACGAGUUCAGGAUAUCUCCUACCGUCUGCUGUAAAUAUACCAAAUAAUUCACUAAUGAGUGCUGCCAAUAAUACUAGUGUCAAUGUUGAACCAAACCCAAGUUCUUCGGAUUCACUUGUGGCUGAUAAUAAUAUGCAACAAGUACUUGAAAUUACGUCAUCUGCCAAAGAUAAUAUUUUAAUUAACCCACCAAAAAAACCAACAUUAUUUUCUAAUGCAAAGCAAAUAAUAUCAAGACCGUCAGUGACAGUUGAAAAAUUAUCUCCUACGCCUCCUACUGAAAAAUUAUCAUCGGAUAGAUCGAGAGGAUUGACUGGACCGAAUUCAUUAUCUGCGUUGCCCAACAGUUCAUUUUAUGAGGCACAACGUUUCCAGAAAAAUUUCAAUAAUAAUUCAGCCUACAAGAGGCCAGAUAUAAUCUCCAGUUGUUCUACAUCUACCACCUCGAAUUCACGAGCAACUCCAUCACCAGAUAUUGUCGCAGCAAUGGUUAAUAAUUCGAAAACAAUGAACACUCCUAGACCCACACCAGCGUCCAAUUCAAAUUGUCAAUUGAAUACAUCGAAAAAAGUUGACAAACCCGGAGUGCCGGGGAAUUUGUCUGAAAAUAAGGUCAUUGCUUCUCAAAAGUCGAAAACACAACAGACUUCAAUUCCAUCAUCAUCAUCAUCAUCAUCAUCAUCCUCUUCAUCAAUAAAAAAAUCGGAAAUGGAUAAUUCGACAGGCAAAUCUAAUGCGCCUCGAAAUAUCGCGGCGAAUAAAUCUAUCGUUGCAUCGCUGCAAAAAAAAUUUGAAGAAAAUAAGACUUUAACGACCCCCCCAAAGAGCAGUAUUUCCGUAAAGAAAUCAGUCCCUGGUAAAAAAAUCGGUAAUCCCGUUGGUUACAGUAAAGGAAAGAAGUGAGAGAUGGAAAAUAUCUAUGCAAUAUAUUUUCACAUAGACUCUAGUCUGAAUUACUAUUAACUUACUAAUACGGUUCUGUGUAAAUAUCAAAUCUAGUGCACCAUGUUUUAUUCAUUUGCUUGUCCAAUCGAUAAGACUUUUCUAUAAUUACGAAUAAGAAGAAAAUUGCUUUCAUCAUUAAUAUAUCAAGUCUUUUUUGUAUUUCAUCUUCUGUUCCUGCGAUACGUGAAAGAAUUAUAUGAAUAUUAUCUAUUCGAGAGCUAUUUAAGUCACUUAGCAAUUACAAUAAUAUAUAAUUCAAAUAUAUUGCUUGAACUAAUAACGAAUGGUUUCUUUCGUUUCACUGAGAAUUACAUUGAGGUAAAAUGUAUAUAAUUUGCGAAAUAGAAAAUAUUUUGUAACACUCUUAAACUAGUUUAGCUAACACCAGAGUUUUCAUGAAUGUAACAACAAAUUUUCAUAAUUAUCAGUGUUAUAAGCCUUUAAGAAGCGAACAAAUAGCUGUUUCUUAUAUUCGAAUGAGACAACAUUGCUUUUUUCUCAAGUGUAAGAAAUACAUAUGAUAAUUUUCAUGUUGAAUAGGUAAUUUGACAAGAAUGCAUUUGAAUUUUAUGGAUUAAUGUCUGUACAACCAAAAACAUUGCCAGCGCCUGUUUUUUUUUCAGUCUUGUCUUGUAUUAUUCACGCAGUUCGAUGGAUUACAGUAGAGAUGAUUUAUGACAAUUGUGGAAUAAUAAACUUUAUUAAUUUUGUA